AAGAGCUCUGGUGUGCUCUUAAAGGCGUAGCCGCAAAAGAGACGAAGGGAGGGACAAAAUCAAAACGCGUCGCUUGCUUUUCUGGGGGACGGCAGAAGAGACUGGUUGCAGCCGGGAGAAACGAAGAAGCGAUCGGGAGGCAGAGGUGCGGCCGCUCUGCAGUGGGACCCGGCUUCCCUCCGGAAAGAGAACGGCACCCUUCCCUUCGGAACCGGUGCGGCCAAGCGCCUUCCCCUCGCCGGUGCCCGGGACGUGGCGCGCCUGCAAGGAGGGGGCGGCUCCCUUGACGCUCCCAGGGCCCCGCACGGCGCCUAGAGAAGAGACUCCGCGGGCUUCCCCCUCGCCACGGUGCCCUAUCGCAAGGCAGAGGCGGCGGCAGUCCGGGGCGAAGGCGACGUCUCGAGCUCCCUCCUGGAGCAGCCUCCCAAGGCGGGCUCGGCGACGCUGGCCAUGGCGGCGAUCCGCAAGAAACUGGUGGUGGUGGGCGACGGGGCGUGCGGGAAGACGUGCCUGCUGAUCGUCUUCAGCAAGGACGAGUUCCCGGAGGUGUACGUGCCCACCGUCUUCGAGAACUACGUGGCCGACAUCGAGGUGGACAGCAAGCAGGUGGAGCUGGCCCUGUGGGACACGGCCGGCCAGGAGGACUACGACCGCCUGCGCCCGCUCUCCUACCCGGACACCGACGUCAUCCUCAUGUGCUUCUCGGUGGACAGCCCGGACUCCCUGGAGAACAUCCCGGAGAAGUGGGUGCCCGAAGUCAAGCACUUCUGCCCCAACGUGCCCAUCAUCCUGGUGGCCAACAAGAAGGACCUGCGCAACGACGAGCACGUGCGCAACGAGCUGGCGCGCAUGAAGCAGGAGCCCGUGCGCACCGAGGACGGCCGCGCCAUGGCCAUCCGCAUCCAAGCCUACGACUACCUCGAGUGCUCGGCCAAGACCAAGGACGGCGUGCGGGAGGUCUUCGAGACGGCCACGCGGGCGGCCUUGCAGAAGCGCUACGGCACCCAGAACGGCUGCAUCAACUGCUGCAAAGUGCUAUAACGGGGGAGGGCGGCUGGCGGACCGGCGGAACCCCCGGGGAGGGUGGCGGCGGAGAGUUCGAGUUGCAGCCAAGCGCAACUGGGGGGACGGGAGGGGGAGUCUCAGACUGCGCUCUUCCAGGGAGGGAGAACUGCCUGCCCACCCCCUCGAGCAUUGGAGAGGUGAAUGGGGGACAUUUGCAAAGCAUCGCCCCCUCCACUGACACAGCGGAAGGGCUACCGACUUGAAUGGACUCGUGCAGGGCCGCCGCCUGCCCUUUCUCGGCGGGGAGGAGGGGGAGUUGUUUGUUCGCAGGGCUUCUGUGUCUCCCCUUCCCUUGGAAAGAGGACUACGGCAGAGGAAGAGACAUUGGAGGGGACGGUCUAGGCUUUCCCCUCCCGCUGUUACUUGGUAUCUCCCUCGAGGGUUUGAAUCCAAAGACGGGAGGGGAGGGGAUCUCUGCUGUUAAGUUUGUACAUAGACCGUAUUCUCUCGUUUAAGCGGGGCCACUGAAACGGAAGAAAAAAGGUGGGGCUGAUUUGACCGCGGCCUGGGCCUCCGCCUCUCUCGGGACUGAUUUGUGGGGGGGA